CGCAGACACGCGCACGCACACACACACCCACGCAUACCAGGCACAACUACUCAAGCUGGGACGAACGGAAAGGCGGUCACAUUUCCUAUGCUCACCUGCAAACGUGAUUGAUGUGGGUGUUUGUAUCAGUGGGUGUGUAUGUCAUGUCUGACUCUCUCUCGCCGGUCAGGGAUUUGCUGACAGAACUUUCUUGGAAGCUGUGAGAAUUGCUCAGUCCUCUCUCGUGCAUCGCCGCUCGCAGCCGCGCACUUUGCAGUCGAGGCAGCUUCUCAAAAAAAAAAAAAAGGCAUUCAGGUAUCUCCCGAGGAGCCAACUUGCAGCAAGGGACCGACUGCCUCUUGACGCACCUGCACCGAGACCCCAGACGCGCACUGAGCGUGUUUUCAUCACUUCAGUCUCCGCGCUUUAUGGAGCAGGUGUUUUCUGCAGAGCAGUUUUUUUACUUCCUCGUCAGUCUUCACAAGACGUUUGCGCCUGUGUGAAGGCAUCCCUUGACAUCCGUGAAGUUGCUUCAAAAGUCGUCAGCAGCAACAGGAGAGAGAUGGAUAACAGUCCUGGCGGUGGUGGUGGAGUCAUCCUGUAUGCAGGGUCUUCAGGCAGUGCAAGCCCGAGCCCUGGCAGCCCCUCCAGCGGGUACCAAACACAGUCACCCUCUUCCCACUCCCAGCCUUCAUCUCCAGAAGAAGUUACCUUCACUGAGAUCGGGGCGCUCAGGCAGGGUCGGACGACUGGGGCCAACACCCCGACCUCCAAACUGGUGUUCCAGUUCCCAGAGGUCUUCAGUGCUUCCUCAGCUCCAGCUGCUCCACAGCCACCCUAUGCACACCCUAUUGCGGGAAAGAGACCCUGUGCGUUUGCGGGAACGUUCACAAAGACAGGUGGAAUGGUCCUGCUCUGUAAAGUUUGUGGAGACAUUGCAUCCGGUUUCCACUAUGGAGUGCAUGCAUGUGAGGGCUGCAAGGGUUUUUUCCGCCGCAGCAUCCAGCAGAACAUCAAUUACAAGAUGUGCGUGAAGAACGAGAACUGUCUGAUCAUGCGGAUGAACCGCAACAGAUGCCAGCACUGCCGCUUCAAGAAAUGCCUCUCCGUCGGCAUGUCGAGAGACGCUGUGCGUUUUGGGCGCAUUCCUAAACGGGAGAAACAGCGACUUCUUGACGAAAUGCAGAGCUACAUGAACAGCCUGAAUGAGUCAGCUGCCAUGGAAAUGGACUCUUCAGUGAGGGACAGUACCACCAGCACAGAUGAGUGCAACUCAAAAGAGGCCAUUGGGACCAUUUCCAAAGCCUAUCGGGACAUCUUCACCGGCAACAACAGUCACGAAAGAUCAUCCAACAGGGCCAGCAUUUCCACUUCCAGCAACAGCAACAACAACAACGCAUCUACCUUUUCUCAGGAUGGAGGUUUCCAAGCAUCAUCGCAUACCAACUCCAGCCAGAGUUAUCAGUCGUGCCCUGUCUCCCAUGAAACCAAGUGCCCCUUUGCCUCUAAUGAUAACCAACCUGUGUUUCACAAAGUGGACAACAAUCAAUAUUCUUAUUUAGUGUCAACAAAUCAGAAUCAUAACCACGCAAAUGCUGCAAUGGGGCAAAGAAUCAGCUCCACCAAUCAUAACAGCUUUCCCUUUGGAGAAGUCGCCCAAAACCAGCCCUCCACCUGUCCGUGGAAAUUAGCACCGGGAGCUAAAGUCCUGGCCUGCCCUCUCAAUGCGUGCCCUGUAUCAGGAGCAGAGCGAACAAGUCAGGAGAUUUGGGAGUCCUUUUCUCAGUGUUUCACCCCUGCUGUGAAAGAAGUUGUGGAGUUUGCCAAGGGCAUCCCUGGGUUCCAAGAACUGAGCCAACAGGACCAGGUCAUGCUGCUAAAGUCCGGCACCUUCCAGGUACUCAUGGUGAGGUUUUGCACUUUGUUCAAUGCUGAGCAACGUACAGUGACCUUCCUCAAUGGCCAAACGUACCCCCUAUCCACUUUGCGAGUCUUGGGCAUGGGGUCUCUUCUGGAUGCGAUGUUUGAAUUCAGCGAGAAGCUGGGCUCCCUGGGCCUGGAGCCUGAUGAGAUGGCCCUGUUCAUGGCUGUGGUGCUGGUUUCUGCAGACCGUUCUGGCAUCGCAGACAUGAGCGCGGUGGAGCAGCUACAGGAGGGCCUAAUCCGCGCCCUUCGGUCACUGAUCAGUCGCCGACGCCCAGACGACUCUGCCCUCUUCUCCAAACUCCUACUGCGCCUACCGGACCUGCGAACCCUCAAUAACCUGCACUCCGACAAACUGUUGGCCUUUCGCAUUGACCCAUGAGGAAGAGACUUGAACUAUACACACAGAUUUUUUUUUGAUCCAAAGACUGGACUUCCUUUAACUGCGAGGGACGAGAUGUUGUGCAAUAAGAAUGUUUUUGAAAAGGACAAAUGAGGGGAAUAAACUUAUUUCUCACAGAUUUUUGACAUAUAUGCAAUGUUUUUGAGACAAAAGACAAAAAGAAAAAAGAAAAAAAAAUCCAUAAAAUUCAUGUACAUAAAUUACUCUCAUCACCUCAUAGCAGACAUUAUUCCAGAUAAAACUUAAUUAGUAGAGUUGCAGAUAGAAUGUUGGACAGAUCAUUUGUUUAUUUGCUCAUUAUAUGGAGUGUAGGCUGAAAAUGAUCCUAGUUCACAUUGUCCAUUUACAUUCAUGUAAUAUCACCGGAACAGCACUAAGCAGCAACUGAAAGAUGAAUAUUGUAGAAUAACACAAUAAUUAGGGACCACUGGUGAUAAAUGAUCAAGUAUUGAGUUGUAUUUAAGGCAAAAGGGAACCUGUAUAUAUAUUAUAGUGAAGUCAGAGCUAUUAAGAUAAUUAUGUAUUUCUGUUUCACAAAUAUGCCAUCUGAAUUAAGACCAUUGUUUUGACGUGUCAUUUGUGCACAAUAGGAUUUGGUCUGUUGCACAUUUGUAUACCAGAGAUGGAGUUGAAAUAUCAGAGGCUUUUUGUAUUAUUUCGCAUAUACAUUCUGUCUGGAUCACUGCACUUCCUCACAUAUGGACUGAUAGAGACACUCCCCUCAAAUUGAACCGUAAGGCUUCUUCGUUUAAUUUUGUCACUUUGUAAAUAUUAUGUUACCCUGUUACGUAAGUAUGAUUUGCUGCAAAGAUUCAAAGGACUGAGUCUGAUAUAAAGACGAAUGUAUUCGACCUUCCUGUAACUCAGUGAGGGGUCUGGCUUUACUCCUAAGAGGCAAAGCACAGGUGAAUGUGUUGAAGGGAAUUCUCAGAUUCUUGGGCACACUUCCAAAUAUUAGACGAUGUAACCAAACAGCAUAACCCUUGAUGUCACCAGCACUUAAAGCUCACAAACCCAUCCUCUGCCCCCAAUGUUUGUCAUACAAACAAAAGAGAUAUUUUUUGGCAGGGAGAUUGAAGUUGUUCCUCCCCCUGUUUGUUUGAUUAUGGCUAAUGUCCACAUCUUGUACAUUUUGUAAAUUGUUUUAUUCCUCCUUAAUAAAAGUGAUAC